UUUAUUGAAGUCAGUAGGCAGCGUUAUCUCGUGCGUACGUAACGUUUGGCGUAUAAUCACGUGAUCCGUUAUAAACUUUACGUUCUAAAAACUAAACAAAUAUGGAGUUAUUUGCAGAAAAAAUCCUAUAACGAUUUUUUUUUGUAUUAUCAUUUGUUUAGUGAUGUGAUUGUGUUUCUGCGUUGUAGAGCAUUUUCUUAUCAAAGUUAGACCGUAAAUGUCGUAAUGGACUUCGUCAUCGGAGGACUGGCCGGCGCCGGCGCGACUAUCUUCACAAACCCCAUGGACGUGGUGAAGACGCGUCUCCAACUCCAGGGUGAGCUCCGAGCGCGCAGUGAACACACCAUGCGCUACCGAGGCAUAUUCCAUGGCCUCUACGUCAUAUCCAAGAACGAUGGCGCAAUGGCGCUGCAAAAAGGACUGGCCCCGGCAAUGGUGCUAGGAUUUUGUAUGAAUUCCGUAAGAUUAGGUAUUUAUCACAUCGCAGAAGUGCAAGGGUGGACUAAAACAAAAGAGGGCGACAUCAGUAUACACAAGACAAUAUUCUGGUCAAGCGCGAGCGGCGUGGUGAGCGGACUCGCCGCCAAUCCUGCAUCCGUGGUGAAGACGAGGAUGCAAGCCGCGGCGCACCCCAGCAUAGCUGUCGGGAGGCAACAUGUUUACAAUGGUAUGUUAGACGGCGUUGUUAAGAUUUACAAAAUGGAAGGCACGCGUGGAUUCUUCGCAGGAGUCAACGCCACGUGUACAAGGCUCGCAAUUGGAUCUGCAGCACAGUUAACAACAUUCUCUACCGCAAAAGAGUUGUUGCUGUCUUACGGCAUAUGCGAGAGGUCACCAAUUGGCCUCGCUUUCUCAGCCAGCUGCUUGAGUGGCUUCAUAUUGGCUCUGGCGAUAUGCCCUUUAGACGUAGUCGCUGUACGACUAUACAACCAGGGUCCGGCAGCAAAAGGUGAACAGCUAUACAGAGGAGUAUUUGACUGCUUGAGGAAAACGUACAAAACUGAAGGUCUCCACGGCCUCUACAAGGGAUUGGGCCCGCUGUACCUGAGAAUAGCGCCCCACACAACCCUAUCCUUAGUGAUAUGGGACAUGUUAAAUAUAUUGUUCAGUAAUAAAACUAGAUAACAUCAAA